AUGCUUGCCCGAAACUUCGCGUUAUUGCUCGUGCUGCUGUCAGCGUCGCCAGCCUUGGGCGACCGGAACACGCUCUGCGAUGACGGCGAGCCGCUUGGCAUUUCAUGCGGCGUCAUCUUGCCUCAAGUCGAGCCGGACUCGCUGAGCUACGUCAUGUGCGGCAGCGGCAACGCGCUCUUCGCGCUGCAAGCCGGGUGCUACCUCUGCGUGGACGCUGCGACGUGUGUCGGUCUCGGUACUUCGAUGAAGUUGAACCCAGGAGGCCAAGGCAAUACCAACGCCCACGUGCUGCCGAAAGCCAAUGGCAACGACAUCUCAGUGCUGCUUCAGGACCAGACAGACCACACACCCGACGAGGCUGCGUACGAACAGGUGACGGCCAUCGCCAAUGCGAACUUCGCAGGAGCGGCAGCCCAAGUGGACGACACCAAAGACAGCGACCCUGCGAAGCAUCGCCCUAAGGAGGUCUCCAACUGGUGGUUCUCCCUUCCUGGAGGCUUGGCGCUCGUGGCGCUCGGGAUGGCCAUUAACAACCGCAUGCCUUCGCGUCGUCGCGGGUUCCAGCGGCUGCAGGACACCAACCGACAAGACCCGACUUCGCUGUUCCAAGAGAACAUCAACCCGUUCUGCAACAAUCUUAGCGACGAGGACCUAGCGAUCGAGACUGCCGGCCACUUCCAAGGAGACCCGAGUAACAGCGAGAGCGAGGAGGCGCAGUUCCUCCCGUCCGCUGAACUGGAGGAGGACGAAUUUACCCAAGCUGAAUCGGAGGCCAUCAAGCGAGCUGUACUGCUGCACAUCAAGGAGUUCGACGAAGAGGAAGAGGAGGAAGAAGAAGAAGUGGAGAUUUAA